ACAAUCAAACCCAUUCAUCCAAUAGACACAGCUCGCUGUGUGGUACUAUUGCAUCUCAUACAGCCAGCACUAGGCUGGGGUCUUGGACUAGAGAACUACAUUUCCCGUGAGGCUGAGCGCGGCGCAGGCGCGGUGACGUCAGUCUCAUCGUUCUCGCCCCCCAGCUGCCAGGGCUGCCCUACUACUGCUGCAACCAGAGAGGAUGGAGCAGCCCAACGGCGGAUACUAACCGAGGCUCCCCGGGACCCACAUCUCGGGACAUGGAUCUGGACAACAGCGGAGCCGGGCUACUUCCUGCCACCGGAUGCUACAAGGACAUUCCUGGGGAGAAUGAACAAGCUGGAAACAUAUCUGACCUUCCGUCUGAGGGAUUUAAAAUGAACUCAAUGGUCGAUGACCGCGUUGACCAGAGAGCGUGCCUUAUUUGUGGGGAUCGUGCCACAGGACUGCAUUAUGGCAUCAUCUCCUGUGAGGGCUGCAAAGGCUUCUUUAAGCGCAGCAUCUGCAAUAAGAGAGUGUACCGAUGCAGCCGCGACAAGAACUGUGUCAUGUCUCGCAAGCAGAGGAACCGCUGCCAGUACUGCCGUCUCCUCAAGUGCCUCCAGAUGGGGAUGAAUAGAAAAGCGAUCAGAGAGGAUGGGAUGCCAGGAGGAAGAAACAAAAGCAUCGGACCUGUACAGAUUUCCGACGAGGAGAUUGAAAGAAUAAUGUCUGGUCAAGAGUUUGAAGAAGAAGCCAACACUUCAUGGAGCAACAACGGAGAUAGUGACCACAGCUCUCCAGGAAACGGAGUGUCGGAGAGCAACCAGCCUUCCCCGGUAUCUACCCCUUCCUCCAGAUCAAUAGAACUGAAUGGAUUCAGUUCUCUACGGGACCAGUAUUUGGGAACUCCCGGACCCACGCACUAUCAGUACCUACCUCAUCUUUUUAGCUACUCUGCUCAUUCUGCUCUGAUCCCAUCCCAAACGCGAAGCCUGGAUCCCCAAUCACAUACGCUUAUUAACCAGCUGUUAGCUGCAGAGGAUAUGGAACCUCUCAACACCCCAAUGCUUAUUGAAGAUGGGUACAAGGUUACUCAGUCUGAGCUGUUUGCCCUCCUGUGCCGACUUGCCGACGAGCUACUGUUCCGACAAAUCACAUGGGUGAAGAAGUUGCCAUUUUUCUGUGAUCUUUCAAUUAAAGAUUACACAUGCCUGCUGAGUACUACAUGGCAGGAGCUAAUACUGCUAUCCUCGCUCAAUACAUACAGCAAGCAGAUCUUCGGGGAUCUAGCCGACGUUACCUCCAAGUACUCGCCUUCUGAGGAUGAACUGCAUAGAUUUAGUGAGGACGGCAUGGAAGUGAUGGAAAGGCUCAUCUACCUGUUUCGGAAAUUCAGCCAGCUCAAAGUGAGCAAUGAAGAGUACGUCUGCAUGAAAGCUAUUAACUUCCUGAAUCAAGAUAUCCAGGGUCUUAGCAGUGUUUCCCAGCUGGAGCAGUUGAAUAAGAGGUACUGGUACGUAUGCCAGGACUUUACGGAGUAUCGGUAUUCACACCAACCCAACAGAUUCCCGGACCUAAUGAUGUGCCUGCCUGAGGUCCGCUACAUUGCUGGAAAGCUGGUGAAUGUACCUCUGGAACAACUACCGCUUCUAUUUAAAGCAUUUCUACACUCGUGCAAAACUAGCGCUAGCAAAGAGUGAGCGUCAACAGGAGUACGGCUGCAAAGAUGGCUGAUUUGCAUCAGUUGAAGAAAAAAUAUAAAAAAAGACAAUUACUAAUCCCUUCAUGGGAGUGAAAAAAAAGUUUGCUUUUUUUUUUUUUUUUAAACUCAUUUCUAAUCUAUUUAUUUCCUGACAGAGUUGAUUGUAUUAUCUUCAACACGGGUGCACAAACAUGAAUGCAGUUGUUGCAUUUUGUUGCUGUUUACAGAUUUAGGAAUUUUUAACGCCUUUAUAUGGAAGGGACUCUCUUCCGGUAUGGAAGGAGUUCCAAAUCGUUACAGUGUUGCCAUUUGUUUUUUACUUUGUACUUUUUAGAUUUAGGUGUUUCUCUUGUUGGGAGUGGGUUGUAGUGUCUGAGAAAAGAAAACUACCUCAAUUAAAUGUUUUGUUGUUUUUUUAAUGUUUUUUUUUUUUUUUUUAAAUAGAGAUUUUUGGUUUUGACUGUGCAGAAGGACACAUUAUGUUGACGAAAGGAAUGCUGAGAUGAAAAACGUGAUUCCGCUAUGUAGCUGUGUUUUGAUUGGCAGUACAUUUUUUGCAGUGUCUGGCUUUACAGUUUAGCAACUAGUUACAGUAUGUUCCUUUCACACCAAUUACACUGAAGUCUGCAACUACUUUGACAGCAUAAGGGACCGAUACAGUGGGCAUCUAUCAUGCCAGUUCCCCGUUCUGCUGAUGUCAGAGUUGAGUCAUCGGCAAAAUCCUUCAUUCAAUGUUUCCGACUUAGAAAUUAACAGAACCGGCGAGUUGUGGAUUUUCAAUAUAUAGGAUUUUCCUGAUCCCUGAGAAAUCGACGAUCAUCACAGUCUGAUUGGCAUCAAGGCAUAGAUGUAUGGCCUGCAUCAGAUAAUUAUAUGGCUAUACACAGUCUGAUAAAUUAUGUGCACUCUUGUUUCAGCCAAACCUAGUUAUUUGGGUUCAUCAGUACAGAUGACCAUUUAAGACUUAUGUAUGUAUGUAUAUAUAUAUAUAUAUAUAUAUAUAUAUAUAUAUAUAUAUACUGCAUUUCAAGCCUUUAGAAUUAAGUACUAAUGUUGAGCCAGUACUAUAUAAGACCUGGAGGAUUUUUCAAAGUUACAUUAGAUAUUAGUGUGUGUAAUACUAAUCAUGGAAUUUGUAUAUAUGUGUGUGUGUCUGUGUGUCUAUGUAUAUGUAUGUGUAUGUAUAUAUAUAUAUAUAUAUAUAUAUA